GGGACCCACUGAGCCAGCACCCUCGUCUCACGUGAGAUGAAGCCUGGGAUGGUCCUUUGGCAAGCCAGUGCUGGGCAGAACCCUUCCCAGCCUCCAGCACCUGGGCUCCUAAACUAGAAACUGAGCCGUGCCAUUUGGAAUCUACCCUGCAAACUCCCUGGGCCCGCUCUGCUCCCUACACCACACCACUUUGCGGAGGCGGAGGCGGAGGGGCUUUAGCCACUUUUGCAAGUCAAUUGAGCAGGGAGAGGGGUGGGGAGAGCAUUAAAAAGAUGACUUGAAGUUCACCCUGCAGGAGACUGGACAGGCCCCACCCAGAACCCUUCUUUAGCCUAAGCCACGUGACAUGCUUCGUGGCAGUGACCCCUAUCAGGGACCACCUGGCAAAUCUCCUUGGGAUUUGAGCUGAAAGAGCUGGUGAGUCUGUCACUCUUCUUUUCUCACUGGGAACCAGCUUUGCUAAAGGCUCUCCUAUUCAGCCUUCUGUCCCAGACAAGCCUGGCUGUCUUUGGGUACUAAUGAGAGCCCCUCCUUCCCACCUUGGGUCCUGAUCCUGCCUGGGAAAUUCACACAAAUGGUGUGACGUUUGCCCCUUCUUUAUUUUCCUUACUGACUUGGAGCUGUAGCAGACCCCUCACCUCCUCCCCAGACCCUGUUUACUCAACUGGGAGAGAUUUCACACCCAAGAACACAGCUCUCUCUCUCCAAGAUCCCCCUCCCUAGAUCUUUACCAGCAUCCCUCAUCCCCCAUCCUUGUGUUGCCUGAAUAAUUGAUGAGUCAAGGCAGGGCUUAUAAAAGGGUCUCUAGGGGAAAGGCCAAAAGAGUGCUGAAGGUCCUGAGAACUGGAAGAGCUGUCUGGCUUGGUGUCCCAAGGAUGGACCCUGCUGCCCCUCCUGCUGCUGUCCCUCCUGCUGUCCCUGCUGCUGCCCCAGCUGCUGACCCUGCUGCUGCUCUCCCUGGCCAGGCCUUGGCCCAAGCCCCUGCCCUAGCACAAAUCAAUGGACAAGAAGGUGCUAGGAAUGAACGGGCAGCUUAUCUUUGGAGACCCUGGCUGUCCUCUAUAAACGACCAGGCAAUGCAGGCGAGGAGUCUGGUGGACUGGGUUGCUAAUGAGGCGACAGCGGCUGAGGCUACCAAGGCUGACUCUGACUUCCAUCACCCAGUCAGGCUCUACUGGCCUAAGUCCCGUUCCUUUGACUACCUGUACAGUGCUGGGGAGAUAUUACUAAACAACUUCCCUGUCCAGGCCACCAUCAACUUAUAUGAGGAUUCUGACAGUGCGGACAAUGAGGAAGAUAAGGAGGAGGAGGAGGAGGAAGAUAAAGACGAAGACGAAGAUGAAGAUGAAGAUGAAGAUGUCAAUGAGAAUGAUCCAGAAAUGUGUAUGGGGACAUCAGAGGCCACAACACGCAAGGCCACAGCUCAUUCCCCUGACCCACACUCGACCUGUCCAAAUUGAAGCAAUCCCAGUUAUACUUGGCAGGUUUCCAAGGGCACUGAUUCGCCAAGAGUCUCCAGACACAGCUUUUCUGGAUUGAAACCAGUGUCCUCAGGCUGUCUAGCUCACCCUGGCUUUCCUGAUUGGCCUACAAGCCUAGGUCUCUGGCAUGCUCUGUCUGGGCUGCUCUUGUGCCAACAGUAGGAGGUUCUUCAGGCCUGGGAGGGAAUAGGGGAGGCUUGAUUUCUGAAGCCCUCAUGAAGUAGAGCAGGAAGGAUGCCCUUGUACAAGAGAACAGUCACUCCUCAGGGCCUUUUGAGGUUUCAAAGACACCAACUCCAGUUCUAAGCAAUCUUAAGGCACCUGGAGGGAAGGAAGGAAAGGGAAGGGAAGAGAAGGGAAGGGAAGGGAAAAGGAAUCUGAAGAAUCUGCUUAUCUGGGGACCUGCAUCCCACUUUGCCUGCUAUUCAGUUAAUCUGGGUAUUGGCCUAAGAUGAG